AUGACCCUCGCAGGCUGCGAGGAAUCCAAUGACGUCAUCACGAACCGCGAUGACGUCACCGCGCGAUUAAUCAAUCAGCCGUUGGGGCCGAGUGCCGUUUGUUUGCUUGGUGGCGGUGGGGAGUGAGAAGCCGUAAGUCCGUCGAGGAACAAGAAGAAGAAGGAGAAACGAAGGAAGGAAGGAAGGAAGAAGGAGGAAGGAUUGAACGUUGUAAAGCUGGCGGCGUCCAUCGAGCGCGCGGGAGGAGCAGACAUGUCGGCCGAGGAGGAUACGGAGCUUCGAGACCUCCUCGUUCAGACCCUGGAGGGGAACGGGGUCCUCAACAAAAUCAAGGCAGAACUCCGGGCCGCAGUAUUUCUUGCAUUGGAAGAGCAGGAGGCUGUGCAGAAUAAAACACCCUUGGUGAAUGAGCAACUCAAGAAUUUCUUAAACUCAAAAGAUGGUCUUCUCAUAGCCAGUCUCGUCACGGAGUUUUUACAAUUUUUUAACCUGGACUUCACUUUGGCCGUAUUCACACCGGAGACAAACACGGUGAUCGGUCUGGACGAUAGAGGGGGUCUGACUCAGAAGCUGGGCAUCGUGGAAACAGACUCCACAAAGUCAGCACCGCUUUUGCUGGAGAUUUUAAAGCGCUCAAGGGCCAGAGGCAUCAGAAAAGGCUCCUUUGAGGGCGAAAGUGAUAAUGCGGACAGUGUCCACUCCAUGAGGAAACUGUCGGAGUCUCGGUCCAUCAGUCCCCCUACCCUCAGCAAGAUCCCUAUUUACAAAGGCAGCUCUAAAGCUCCCAGAGUCAAAGAAGAGAGAGCAGGGCAGCGGAAGACCCCAGACGCGAGCCUGAGUGACGACUCCAGCUCUGACGGACUCCGGAGCAAGGGCCCCGCCGUGCAGUCCGUCCCGGAGGUCAAAGUGACCUCGGCCGCUGGCAACGGCCUCCACGGAGGGCCCUCCGAGCAGCAGACCGAGCCUGUGGCGGCGAGGGCAGCGGGUGGGGCGGACAAGCUGGCAGAGGAGGACGAGGAUGGGGAGGAAUACGGAGACUCUUUCUUUGACGACCUGUCUCCCAAGCCCGACAAAGUCUACGGAAGCGACACUGAUGAUGAUGAUGCACGCGAUGAUCAUUUUGGCGAAGAAGCAAAGUGGCUGCCUGGCCUUGGUAGGUCUUCUGACUCACCUUUACUGGAAGAAGACAAGGACAAGCAGGACUCUGCAGCUGAUACCACGGCUACAUCCCAUGCUGCAGAUUCCCCAGCUGAUGACAAGAAAGACGAAAGCAAGAGUACCACCAAGGUGGAGACAAAAAACGGGAAUUGCAAAGUUGGAAAGCUCGAUCUGGGAAAAGACGAAGAUUACGAGGAUGAUUUUCAGAGGUCAUGUGAGCACAGGUCGGACCACACGAAGACGGAGGAGAGCAUUGCCGAGGAGAUAGACGACCUGUCAAUCGAAGCAGAACCUUCCGACGCAAGUGCCAAGGUGGAGGAUGUGACCUUGGACAACACAUUCUGCUCACAAAACAGUGACAAGGCCGAUUAUAUGGAGGAAGCAGAGCUGAGCUCCACAAGGGAAGGCUGAUUAUUGCUCUGGGGUGGAGGGGGUGGUUUUUAUAAGCACUACACAUAUAUUUUUAAAUCGAUUACAUGGAAGUCAGCUUUUGCCUUGAGUUAAAAAAGUACCAAUCCAGCCAGACUUUGAAAUAGCACCAUGUUAAGUGUCGCCCAUAAAGCUCAUGCUUAGAUGGAUUCCCUUGGUGUGGUGCGAGCUUAGAUUGGCUUGGUUUUUUACAUCAUCAAUGCGAGCGAUCUAUCUUGUGAUGUUUUAUUAGCUAUUUCUGUGGUCCUAAAAUUCCUUCCCCUGGCAGUCGUCACCAAAGACACACACGUGAAAACCACUGCAUUAAAAAGUAACCCUUUAAAAGUAGGAGAUAUUUUUUCUAAUUUUUACUGAAUCCCAUGACUCGUGCACACAAGCCUGCUCUUGAAAGUCAUUAAUACAGGGGCAGGACCAUGCAACAUUUGAAUUAGCAAGCUAUAGGUAUGUAGAUACUGGAAUGUUUUAUGUAAAUCCUCGUCCUUUUCUCCUUCACCCUGGCGGUCAUUGUUGUACACGUUCUGGUUGGUCUAGCAGUUGCACAGUCUUGUAUGAUGGUGGUAUCUGGCUUUGUUUGAAAAAUCACUAAU